CUCUCGUUAGGCUCUGAUAUUUCUGGGUGUUCACUUUUUCUCCUUGAUGUCUCACUCCGCUCCAACGAUGCCCAUCGAUCGAGGGUUUCAGAAACACAAACCCAUUCAGGUAACUUGGUUUCUUUCUCCAUUUUACUAUCUGCUUCAUGGAGUAAAGUCUGGAUCUUUACUUCCAGUUUUGCGCGGUACGUCGGGACAAGUAUCGAGAAUGUGGGGUUCGAUCGUGACUGGGAAGACAUGAAAUGAGAGAUUGAUUGAUGCCUGCUGUAUUGGAGAAAUUUGUUUGACGAGAUAAUGACUGCAAAGGGCGAGAAGAAUGAAGCCAACGAAAAUGGCCGGUUGUGGGCUCUUGAUCAACAGUUCGAUCAGCCCAUGGACAUCGAAGCCGAAUGCGUCAGGAGCCAGAUUGAUGAACAAGUGCAUCAUCGUAAACCUUCCAGUUUGGUGCUGUUGGCAUUCCAAAGUCUUGGUAUUGUUUAUGGAGAUUUAGGCACAUCACCCUUGUAUGUUUUCUACAACAUAUUCCCUGAUGGAAUCAAGGAUCCAGAGGAUGUGGUCGGUGCACUGUCGUUCAUUAUCUACUCUCUUGCUCUAAUUCCUUUGGUGAAAUAUCUCUUUAUUGUCUCUAGAGCCACUGACAAUGGUCAAGGUGGAACUUUUGCUCUUUAUUCACUGCUUUGUAGACAUGCUAAAAUAAGGACUAUAUCCAACCAAGAUCACACGGAUGAGCGGCUGAGAACAUAUAGUACCUCUACUGUCCAUGAAAAAUCGUUUGCGGCAAAGACCAAGAGAUGGCUGGAGAGUCAUUCUUAUACUAAGAACGGACUCCUUGUUCUUGUUAUUGUUGGCUCAUCCAUGUUAAUUGGGGACGGUGUUAUUAUACCUUGCAUUUCAGUUGUGUCGGCUCUCAACGGGAUCAAGCUAAGUCAUCCUCAGAUGAGUCAGGAAGUUGCAAUGGGAGUCGCGGUUGUCAUAUUCAUAGCUUUGUUCUGGUUGCAACGCUUUGGGACGGAGAAAAUCAGCUGGUUGUUUGCUCCAAUUAUACUGAUUUGGUUUAUCUCAAUUGGAGGAAUUGGCAUAUUCAACAUUCUGAAGUACGGUAGCCGAGCUCUCAAAGCCUUUUCACCUGUAUAUAUGUAUCGGGCUUUUAAUGGGAACCACAAGGAUGCUUGGCUAUCUCUUGGAGGUGUCAUGCUCAGUAUAGCGGGAUCAGAAGCUCUAUUUGCUGAUAUCUCCAAUUUCUCGGUUGCAGCAAUCCAAAUCGCCUUCUUUCUGGUCGUAUUGCCUUGUCUUAUUUUAUCCUAUUCGGGCCAGGCAGCCUAUCUUAUGGAACACUCAGAUCGUGUGAAUGAUGCAUUUUAUAGCUCAAUUCCAGAUAACCUAUACUGGGCUAUGAUGGUUGUUGCAACUGCUGCUGCUAUUGUUGCUUGCCAGACCACCAUAUCAGCAACCUUCUCAUUGGUCAAGCAAGCUUUAGCCCUGGAUUGCUUUCCAAGAGUUAAAAUUGUGCACACAUCGAAGAAGUCAAGUACGGAAAUCUACAUACCAGAGGUCAACUGGAUCCUCAUGGUCCUCUGCAUUGCCGUGACAGUUGGUUUCAAGAACCAGAUCCACAUUGGCAAUGCAUCAGGCACUGCAGUAGUGGUAGUCACCCUAGUCACCACAUUUCUGGUAACCCUGAUCAUGAUACUAGUGUGGAGAUGCCAUUGGGUAUUUGUUCUCAUCUUUGCUGCUUUCUUCUUCCUCAUAGAAGGAACUUACUUCUCCUCCAUAAUCCUCAAAUUCAAUGAAGGUGGUUGGGUUCCCCUAGCCAUUGCAGCAUGCUGUUUCAUUACAAUGUACGGGUGGCACUAUGGGAGACAAAAAUGCUACGAGUUCGAGAUGCAUGGUAAAGUCUCGAUGGCAUGGCUAGUCGGGUUGGGACCCAGCCUGGGACUUGUUCGAGUCCCAGGCAUAGGUCUUGUGUACACGAAGCUCGUGAGUGGUGUCCCACAUAUCUUCUCACACUUCAUCACCAACUUGCCAGCUAUCCACUCCAUCGUCAUCUUCAUCUGCAUCAAGUACCUCCCAGUCUGCACAGUCCCACAAGAGGAGAGAUUCCUUGUCAGGAGAAUCGGGCCCAAGGACUUCCACAUGUUCCGCUGCGUGGCAAGAUAUGGUUACAAGGACCUCCACAAGAAAGACGACGACUUCGAGAGCAGGCUUUUCGAGAGCAUCUAUAGACACGUGAGGCUUGAUUCGUUAAUGGACAUGGACUGCUACUCGGAUAUAGAUGACGAAUUCAGCUUGGAUGAAAAUGAUGCUGGUGAUGAGGACGUAGUGGGGCCGGUUUCAGUUGGAACAGUACCAGCAUCUCCUGGGAGGAGCAGGAACCUGGAAGCUGAGCAGGAGUUGGAGCUGCUGAGGAGUUGCAGGGAUGCAGGGGUGGUGCACAUACUAGGGAAUACGUUGGUGGCUGCGAGGGAGGAUUCUCAUUGGUGUAAGAGAAUAGCCAUUGAUUAUGUGUAUGCUUUGCUUAGGAAACUCUCCAGGGAGAACAGUGUGUUGUUUAAUAUCCCCAGAGAGAGCUCGUUGAACGUUGGACAGGAGCAGGAUCUUCAGUUCUCUAGGAUGCAACAACUCAAAUCUGGGUACUUGUCUUAUCUCUCGUUGUGAUGCAUCAGUGCAUUCAUUGUACUCGGAGAUACUUACGGAGCCUCAAAACUGGCUUCUGACGCUCAUACUUUGUCGCUUGCGUUUCGUGUUUACAGGUGGCCAGUUUUCUCGUGAGUGAAUCUUUUCACCGAUUUGUUUUGGUUAUAGAAUGAUAGAAUCAGUUAAGGAAUAUACUUAUUUGGGGUCGAGUUUGAUUAUUUUAGUGGUGAAUAUCUGUGAAAUGACCUCCGAAUGCAUUGUUUGAAUAGUUGAGUUGUAUUUGAUUGAAUUUCAUACGAACUUGCGACUUGUCCAUGUUCUGCGGUAGGUCUUACAAUAGGCCAACAUGAUUCUGUAGGGAUGCGUAUGCUAUACUAUUGGGUGUAUAACUUCACAAUGUCAUUAUGUUCAAUGGAUUUUCCUCAAAAUAAAAAGUUGUAUGGUAUAUAAUUUUCAAUCUUGCUCGAUCAAAUUUCAGCCAGUAAUGAUCAUUACAAGGAAUUAUAGGUAAAAUGCAUGAAUUAGUUGUAAUUAUAUUUUCCAUUUGGCAGAAAACAGGGCACUUAAAUUGCACCACAAUCUUUAUUCAUUAAACUAAGCUAGGGGUUGAAAUCCCUAUCAAAUCAAAGUACAACCAAUAACCAAAUAUGCUACCAUAUAUGGUGCCAAUCGGGGUACUUGGAUCAUAUCCGAAUAAGGGUUGCUUGCUCUGUGGUGUUAUACAUUUUCUUUCUCAAUAACUAGUAUCUCUUUCCUGAGACUUCUCCUGGAUCGUGCUCGAUGUUUAUUGUUACUCCUUCAGACGUAUAAGGGUUUAAGUGGCAAACGUGUGAACAUAGCCUAUCAGUUGUGAUGUUUAGUCGUAAUAUUUUAACGCAGGGUGAAAAGAUAUGACUUUUCAACUAGGGAGGGGUGAAUAGGAGAGAAGGAUCACUACCUUGGUCUUCCUUCUACUAUGACAAGUUUAUAAAAACUUUCCUUCCAAUUCGUUGAGAAAAAUAUACUUAAAAGACUCUUAACGUAGGAAAGAACGUCUGAAGUCCAGGACGACUAAGGAUACUAGAAUUCAUACCUAAGUCUCAGCGUCCAACCUUCCAGUUCAUGUGAUGUCUUGCUUAGUUGCUUUAACCUUCCGAUUGAGUCAUGCUAAAGCCUGAACAACCAUACGACAAGAUUUUAAAAGGGAACCUUGGAAUGCUUUUGGGGGAGAUUGUACAUCAAAUUCACAAGGGUUGCACUCUCCCACUAGGGUUCUGCCACACUCUAUUAGUCUCUUUCUAGGAGGACUCCCCUUCAAAAUUCACAACUUGAAAAUUUAUUCUCGAUACAACUUCAAUCUCAUGGGUGUGAGAUUGUGAAAUAUGCUUGUGAGAUGAGAACUCAAUCGUUUGACUUAGCAAACCUUGAGAGGAUUUAUGUGUGUGUGGGGGGGAAGGGGAGAGGGGGGAUACAUCAAUCAAGCUUCAAAAUCGUCUAGAAUAAGGAGACCCUAAGAGAGUCAACAGGUGCAAGAGCUCGCUGGUUUGGAGGCUCAGGUUUGACAGAAGGCACUCAAUUAUCAAAUGAAGUUACAAUGUCUUG